UGUCACUUUGAUCUUUUACUCUUUGUAUAAUAGCACCGUAGUUCAGCAUCGACUGUGGCUUUUUUGUUUCUCCGGUGCCUACACACCAACUCCGAUCCUUGUCGCUCAUUGAUCCUCUGUCGGAGGCCGCGAAUCGGUGCCCUACGCGUUGUUCAACUAUCCUAAGCGAUUUUUGAAGCUUACAGUGUUCAACAAUCCUUUGUUUAAAGACGUCACUCUUUUGGACUUGCAAUGGAAACACGAAAGAAGACGUCUAUGAUUCUUGAACAGAACACGAUUGGAUCCCGCUCCACUGGGCUAUUGCGGCCUACUUCACACAUUGGAUACAGAGAAUCACUGAGUCUCAGACCGGAAGCCUACUACACUGCAAUGUUGUGCGGUUUACCCAUAGCUUCUUACCCGGUCGGUUACGGCAACUACUUAGGAAAAGAAAUCACAACCGGGACCACAUUAUUUGCAUGUGAAUAUGAUUCCGGCGUGGUCAUUGGCGCAGAUUCCCGUACCUCUUCUGGAUCCUACGUUGUUAAUCGUGUCACCGAUAAACUGACACCGUUAGCAAACAAUAUCUUCUGCUGUCGUUCCGGGUCCGCGGCAGAUACGCAAAAAGUUGCUGAUAUUGUACGUUAUACCAUGGACUUCCAUCGGAUGCAGAUGAACAAAGACCCAACUGUGCUUGAAGCAGCUGUCGCUUGUCGGUCUCUUUGCUAUAAUUAUCGCGACGACCUUACUGCUGGCCUGUUUGUUGCCGGAUGGGACAACUCUCUCGGUGGACAAAUUUACUCUAUUCCUCUUGGGGGGAUGCUUCUCAGGCAGCCAGCCGUUACUGGAGGCUCCGGGAGUACUUACAUUUAUGGUUACUUUGACAGAGAAUUCCGUGAAAAAAUGUCAAAAGAAGAUUGCAUGAAGUUUGUGUCCACCGGUGUUGCAUUGGCCAUCAGCAGGGACGGUUCUAGUGGAGGCUGCAUUCGCCUGGCAGUCAUUUCAAAGGAUGGAAUCGAACGACAUCUUAUAAAGGGGAAUAACGUCCCUUGUUUCAACUCUGGUUGAAAACAGCAUAUGUGAAUUUCGUCUUUUUGUGUGCAAACGUGACCAUAACUUGCCCAUAACUUUCUAUAACCCCGAAAUACCAUGAUUGUGGCUUCGACA